UAACCCUGAGAGAGCCAAGCUACCUAAAGAUCCCGAUAAGGAGAGACUUCAGGAGAGAGAAGCCCCCAACCCAAGAAACACCCCAAGAGAGAGACAUUCUCACUGACAUAUAUUUCCUAUGCGACCACAGACACACACACACACCCUCCAGCGAACCCCUCAGGGAGACACAUUCCCACAGGGACACAGUCUCCACAGGGAAGCGUUCUUCAAUCAGGAACUCUCCCCUCACCCUGAAAAUCAUUGCUAAGACAGAUGGUUUCGGAGAGAUGACGCCUCCUCUCAAAAGACCCUCUUCCCCAGGAAGAGACAUUUCUGCAGAGAAAAAUCCCCACAGGUGACAUUUCAUGUGGGGAACCUGGUGAGGACACCCCCAAUGAAAGAACCCCUAAACGCCAUGUUCUCUGUGGAAAAUUAUCCUCACCCAUGAGACCCCCACAUCCCAUUCUUACAGAGUGACAUUUUCACCGAGGAGACCCGUCUUCACGGGAAAUGCCCCCUCAAAAAUAUUUACAUUCAUACACCGCCCCCUCUCCCUCUUCAGGGAAUCCUGCAGCCCCUCCAGUGACCCCCUCCCUCAUCGUCAGGAUUAAGAAGCCAGGCCAGGCCGGGCUGUAUUUAUAGAAGCGAUUAGCUUGUCUUUGGGGAGGGGGGCAUCUGAAGCUAUUUUCAACACCCCAUCCUCCGGCAGUGUUCCUACAGCUGAGGCCAAACUGACCAUGCUUCCCAGAGUUGAAGUGGAAAGCUUCAGAGAUCUCCCCACUCCAAGUCUAGGCAUUGGGGGGCAGGGUGAGGAAGGCGCUGUCCAAGGGUUCCGGCCUAUAAGUGGCCCGAGGGCCCUGAAGGGCGCGGUCACUGUACAGGAAUUACCCCUGCUUGCCAACCAAGCUGACAUAGAGGUCUAUGCCCUCGUGUUCCCCGGGCGCUUGUCUCAUCUCUGCUUUUUUGCCUGUGUUACCUAUUUCUCUCUGUCUCUGUUGGUCGGCAUGUUUGUGUUGCCGUCUCCUUGAGUCUGUUCCUCACACUUCUCUGUCCAAGGCCCGGACUCCGCUGGCGUCUGCCUUUUUCGCCCCCGCGGGCGGCCGCGGGAGCUCUCCGUGGUGCUGAUCUCGUGCGCUCCUGUCCGCAGUACUGAAAUCCGUGCAUAGGGUUGGGGGCUGAGGUCAGGGGAGGGAAAGGGCUGGUCGGAGGCACAGCCCAGAGGCUGGACAGAUCUGACCUACGAGCACGCUGGACUUCCCCAAAUGUGCUGGGGGAUGGCUAGGUCCACUAGGUCUUGGUUGCUGACGCCUCCAGUACAUCAAUGUGUGCCCACAGGGGGCCCCAGAGAAGUGCUUCCUGAUUUGUUCAUUUACUCGACUUGUAUUGAGCACCUACUGCGUGCAAAUUAGUGUUUUGGGAUCUAGGAGUACAGCAGUAAAGCAGACAGACAAAAACUCUGCAGUAGCCUUAAAAGGAAGAGAGAGAGAUUUGUGGUAGUGGUCAUCACUCACAUAAACACAUACGCCCACUCUGUGAGCACAGGAGCACACACACACAUACACAUACACUCUGCAAACAUACACACAAACGUGAACAUACCAACACACAUUCAGCAAACAUAGACUCAUAUACUCAUAGCCACAUACUUUACAAACACAUACUCCACAAACACACACACACACAAAUAUAUACCCAUAAAUUCACACUCUGCAAACACAUACUCAGAAAAUGCAGACAUAUACACACUCAGCAAGUGCAGACACACACAAUCAACACAUACUAACACUCAACAAACACAAGCACAUACACAUAGUCCUAAAACCAAAGGAAGCUCAGCUACACAUAGACAAACUCUCACCCAACAUACAGACACAUUAUCCUUCCAAAACAACACAUGGAUGCACUCGUAUAUACCCACUGCAGGAGUGUUUUUCUCAUCAGACUCUCCCACUAGAAUGUCAGCUCUAUGAGGAUUGAGAUUUUCAUGUCUUGAUCACUACUGCUUCCCCAGAAUCUGACAUAGAGCAGGUGCUCAAUAAAUGGUGAAUGAAUGGAUGAAUUGAUGUAAUGUUCCCAAUGGACACAUUCCCAGAAACUACAGAGAAACACAAACACACAUACACAUUUCAGAUGCAGACACACCCUCUCCACACAUGACAACACCCCCUUGUUCACUCAUGGUUAACACUCAUGGUCAAUCUUUAUCCACUGACUUUAUCCACUGAUCCAACAUUUUCAAAGGAUACCCAUCCUGCCCUGAUCCUACAUGUCCUCCCCUACAUUUAUUAUCUUACUCUUACUCAACUGGACACACUUGGCUUGGGACACAUACAGUCCUCCUUAUCCAGAAUUUUGAACACACACACAGACACACACACACACAACCACACAACCAAGAGACACAUAUAAACUGCAUACACAUACACACUCAAACACACACACACACAUAGAGCCACACAAACACACCCUCAUUCAACACCCCCCACACAUAUAGAUCCAUAACCUCAACAUAAAGGCAAACAGGAGAAUGUAUACACACUGGUCCCAAGUCUUCAAGCCUUGGGUCAGCUGGAGCAGGGGGUGGAGCGGUGGGAAACCCCUCCUCUCUGUCAAACCACGCCCUUUUCAGCUGCCACCGUUUCCUGGACUUAACCUUGAGGUGUCUCAGUAGCACCCUAGAACGCAGUCCUGCUGACAGGUAAGGGGUGGCCCAAGGGGGCAGAAGAGGGGAGAGAAUUGUCUUAUCUCUACAAACUCCCAGUUUCCUCUGCCCUGGGGCUUUUUGACUCCAGCAGCUGAGCCCGCAUCCUGACACAACCAAGCUUGGCUCCAAAGGCCCAGCCCUGGGUGGCAGCCCCUAAGCCGAUUGUAGACUGAGAGAAGGUGACCAUGAGAGGGGCCAGCAGGGAUCGAGAGGGAGAAAGGAGACUGGGCAGAAGAUAGGGAGGAAUUACUGGACAGAAAAGGGACAUCUAAAGAGCUGAGGACAUCCCCUUAGUUCUGAGCAUGGAGGGGUUGCCUGACGGCUGACUGGGUGGGAGACCCUGAUGGGUGUGAAGGGGGAACGGUACCAAGGUCAUCUGGGGCUGAAGAGAUAGAGGGGACAAGAGUCUGAUGGAGGAGCUCCUGGGUCAGAGACAGGCCUUGGUGGCCCCCUGGGAUUUGAAGGUCUUUGGCCAUUGCCUCCUCAUCAACUGCCCAUUCUCUGCUCUGCCUGGCACUGUCUCCUGGGUGUGCACCAAGAGAGUACUACUCUGAGCUCCCAGAAAAGUACGGCCGAACUUCACCCUAUAUCCCAGUUGACUCAUAUCACAGGUGGAUAUGGCCUGCAGGGGCCUCACUCGACCCAGGGGCCUGGCUUGGGCCCUGCAACUGACCCUGGCGUGGAUCCUGCUAGCAGCCUGUGGAGGGAGCCGCCCACACCCACUUAGGUCCCAGAGACACUAUAGCCUGGCAGAGAAUCUGGGCACAGGCCAGCUGCAACUGGCAGAGAUGGACACACCAGAGGCAUCGGACCCUGGAAUCCUCCCAGAACGCUGUGGGCAGCCAAGCCCCGGGUGCGAAUCCUUCCUGGAACACCUCCAAGUUGCCCUCCGCGCUCGCUUCCAUUUCCUACUAUUGGGUCUACUCCAGACACAGCCGCUCUGCGCGGAGUUCUGCGAUGCCUGGUUUGCCACCUGUGAAAGCGAUAUCACCUGCGGCCCAACUUGGCUUCCACUCCUUGAAAAGAGGAAUUGCGACCCUGGCUGCAGUACCUAUGGGCAGACCUUCGCUGACGGGUUGGAUCUUUGCCGCUCGGUUCUGAGCUACGGGCUGCGGGUGGCAGUUCCUGGCGCUGGUCACUGCCUCAACAUUUCCAUCUCUGUGCGUCCGCAUCCCAGACACGGACGGAGGUCUCGGGAAACCACCUUCCCGCACUCCCGCCACCCUCGGACCUGGAUCCUGGACACUGCGGGGAGCGGGAGUGGCAGUGGAAGCGGCAGCGUCCCCUAGGGGGCGCCUGGCCUUGGCUGGGAGAGGCGUCGCUUUCCCCGCAUCCCCUCCCUGCCCCUCUAGACACCUAGAGCUCCACCCCUCUCCCUCUCUGCCUUCCAGUUUCUAGAGCCCUGUCCCUCCUCCCUGGGGCUCCAGAGAUUCGCUCCUCUCCAGAUUAUUCGAGCAAUAAUCCAACGCAAGCUCAUUUCCUCCU